AUGGCUCCAGCAAAAGAUAAAGUGCAACAUCACUCUACAGAGGAUCCAGAAUCCUGCACCCCGUGCAAAGAAAACAGCAAUGAUGACCCUCCGGACAACGACCAACCAAGUUCUGCAUUUAGGCAGCUUAGACUCCCCGACAAGUUCCUAGCUCUUUGGAUAUUCCUCGCCAUGGCAAUUGGAAUUAUUUUGGGUAGCUUUGUGCCUGAUACCAGGGAGGCAUUGGAGCGGGGAAAGUUCGUUGGCGUUUCUAUACCUAUUGCUGUUGGUAUGCUGGUGAUGAUGUAUCCUAUUCUGUGCAAUGUGCGGUACGAGACACUCCAUCGGUCAUUUCGCCAGAAAGCGCUUUGGGUCCAGGUCGGGUUCAGUGUCGUGGUGAAUUGGAUUAUUGCGCCGUUUUUCAUGCUUGCGCUGGCAUGGGCGUUCCUACCAGACGAAAGAGGUCUCAGGGAGGGUUUGAUCUUGGUUGGCAUUGCGCGAUGCAUUGCGAUGGUACUCGUAUGGACAGGCCUCGCCGGCGGCGAUAACGAAUACUGCGCCAUUCUCGUCGCCAUCAAUUCGAUCCUGCAGAUGGUCUUAUUCGCUCCGCUUGCGAUAUUCUUCGUGCGCGUCAUCGGUGGCGCAGAUAGCGGCUUUAAUAUCGACUACUCGCUAGUCGCCAAAAGCGUCGGGGUCUUCCUCGGCAUCCCCUUGGGUGCAGCCAUCGUUACUCGCGUCACUCUGAUAUUCCUGAUCAACAAGGAGUGGUACGAGAAGAAAUUCGUCCAGUGGAUCGGUCCGUUGUCGUUGAUCGGACUCUUGUUCACAAUCAUAGUUCUUUUUGCUUCCCAAGGCCGACGAGUGGUUCAUCAGAUCGUGUCGGUGCUACGAGUGGCCGCGCCGCUUGUUGUCUAUUUCGCCGUUAUCUUCUUGAUCACGCUGCUGGUGACGCACUGGUGCGGCUUCGGAUAUCGACUAUCGUGUACGCAAAGCUUCACAGCUGCGAGCAACAACUUCGAGCUGGCGAUUGCAGUGGCCAUCGCAACUUUUGGCGUGGAUAGUGAUCAAGCACUAGCUGCGACAGUUGGACCUCUAGUUGAAGUGCCCGUGCUGCUGGGCCUGGUCUAUGCCGUAAAAUGGGUUGCGAAGCGAAAUAAGUGGGCAGCAUAG